AUGGACAGAGUCUGUUUUUUUAAUCAGCAUAAGACAGCAAAAUACAGUUUACCUUUAACUGCUGCUCUGUUGGUUCUUUGGAUAAAGACAAAGUGUGACUCAGGGACUGCUUUCCUGGCUGCAUACCGCUUAUCAUCCAAGGAGUAUGGAAUAUGUGCGUGCCAGCCUCAGCAAGAUUUUACCAAAAUCCGAGCUUUUGCCGGUCAAAGUGAAUGCAAAAGUACAACCAUAGAUGAUGUGAAUGGGUUUCUCAAGAAAUUUUCAAAAUGCAUGCCUGAAAUCAUUGCCAAGGGUGAAAAAGCUUCAGUCAAUUUCCUGGCAUGGACGCUGCAAGAAACUCUUGAUCUGCUGCGCCCUGUUCAGGAGCAAUUUUGCAAGCAGCUACCUCCAUGCCCACGCCCAGUGGCCCCAAAAAACGGGGGACUGGUGUGCGUGACCAUUGACAGCACUCAGUACUGCAAACCCAUGUGCAACCAGGGUUAUGACUUCCAGUUCCUCAGGAGCAGCAGGCUGUAUGAGGAGUGUGGCAAUGCCACGGGCUUCUCCUGGACCACGCAGCUGGUUGGGGAAAAGGCACUGGCAGUCUGCAGCCCCUCUGAGGUGGCCAUCAGUGGAGCUAAAUCUGCCUAUUUCCCCAGCAACAGCAGCUGUGUGCACACGGCUGCCUUCCCCGAGGCUCAGGCAGAGCAGCUGAACACCUUCCUGCGGGAGCUGGCCGAGCGCGGCAUCGACGGCUCCAGCCGGGACCCGGGGGCUGACUGUGUCACCUGUGGCUACUGACAGCAGCCUGGGCACAGCCAGCCUCUCACAGCAUCACAGAGCACUGAAAGCGUGGCUAGCACCUGUAAACACACAGCUUUUAUUUUGUUAAAGUCCUGGAGAUCGUAGUCAUGACCUCAGCUUUGG